GCUGCACACUCGACUGGUUGUCAGUUUGAGCAGAGAGUGGGAGUGCUUACGCACUUUGGGACACUAUGAAGUCUAUCCCAGGUCCCCAGGAUUCAAUUGAGCUUCCAUGUUUUACAUUCAACCCAAAGGAAGGUAUUGAUAAUCCAGGUCUGGUAGUUACUGACGAUUUUGACCGAAAUCCUCUGCCCAUACUCUACCAGUUGAGGCGUGUAGAGGGCCAGAAUUUUGGUUUCUACUUGCAGAACACCACAGAUAAGCAAGGCUUAGAGAUCAAAGAUAUAGACCCAUGGAGCCCAGCUGAGCGCAGUGGUCUGACAGAGGGUGACAAAGUCCUGGAGGUCAAUGAUGAAUAUGUGGUCAACAUGGACUUCUUUAAGGUGGCAAGGAAGAUCCAGUCAUGUGGCUUACAUUUGUUUCUCCUGGUGCUGAAGAGAGAUGACUAUGACCAGGCAGUGUGUACAGGUGUCGAUCUACAGAUGCUGGCUACUGCCUCCAAGGGAGGCCCUUGCUCUCGCCCCAGACUAUGUCACAUCAACCGGCACCAGCACUGUGGCCUGGGGAUGACCCUGAUCUCAGGGCAAGCAGGCCUAAAAGGACAUUGCGUACUGAGCGUAGGGGCUGGUAGUCCAGCAGAGAAAGCAGGAGUCAUCAGCGGCGACAGAUUGGUCUGGAUGAAUGGUGUCAUUACAUCCAAUCUCACAGACGUCUCUAUCAACAAAUCGCUGAAGAAGAGUACAGACUCUGUGACCAUGCUGCUGAUUGAUAGUGAAAGCGAGUCUAGCUACAUUCGGAGGAAGAUUCCUAUCUUGCCUGUGCUGGCAGGCCACUGCAGUCUUCCACAUUCAGCAAAGACCAUGCAUUUGGUUAAAGGACCUGAGGGAUAUGGUUUCCUGCUGAGGCAAGAGAAGUUACCACAUUCACAACAAAUAGGUAAUAUCCUUCGGGACGUGGAUAAAGGGAGUCCAGCAGAGGAGGCUGGAAUGGAGGAUGGAGAUCUUCUGCUGGCAGUCAAUGGAGAACAAGUGGAGUUCAUGGAGCACGAUGAUAUUGUCAAAAGGGUUAGAAAAUGCAGUGAGAGAGUCAGUUUUACCACUAUAUCCAUGCAAGGGAGACACCUCUUCAGAGCGCUCGGUAUUUCUCCACUGUUCUUUCAUGAUGAAUUCAUACACCAGGAUGACCGUGUCCUCGGUCAGACCGGAAUUCAAACAUCACAGCCACAAAGAUUUGGAGAUGCUCUCUAGUAACAGAAAAAUGAAAAUGAAGAAAGCAAAUCUAUCCAAACCAGGAAUUGAGGGUUGAAAGACAAAUGGAACUGGACCGUCCUAUUUAUGAAAGAUUUUGCCAUACUCUAAAUUGUCAUUUGUAUAGAUAUGACUCACACUAGAAACACAUUUGAAAGUACCUUGGAUGCACCAAGUAAGACAAAAAUUAAGCAGUCUGGUCACAAGAAAUAACUGUCAGACAAGUUAUGCAUUUCUUUAAAUGUCACAUUUAAUUUUGUCAACAUUUUCCAGAUGAAACAUUCGGGUAGAUUUUAAAUUUCCAAAAUGACAAUCACUAUGUAGAUACCUAAUCAUUAACUUUGAUUUACACAUUGAGAAGCGAAUCAUGUAAUAGAUACAGGAAAGGUGUAUAUUGUGUGUAUGUGUUCUGCAAACUUAUUCAGGUUACAAUGUAUCUGAUUAAAACAUCAAACAUUGUACAAACAUUUUUAAGAUGGCAAAUUAAAUAAAUCCACCAAUUGCAGUAUUGUGGUUAGUUUUUCACAAAAAGACGUCAGUUAUUACUUAAUUGUUUCAUAUAUACCGGUGAUUUGAUUUGAUUCAAGUAAUUCAUUCCAACACAAAAUAAAGCAAAAAGCAUUUAUCUUGUAAGCAAUAGCAAGGGAGAGUCACAACUUGGACCAUUGACAGUUAUGUUCAUUCCUGAGAAAUUUCGAUCCUGUUUUUGAUUAAAAUUUGCAGUAUGUCUUCAAAUGAUUAAAUCUUCUGAAAGAAACGUCAUAGAAGGCAAUGAUCUAUCAAGAAACAGGAUCGAUGAGUAAAAGAAGGACAUAUUGUUGUGAAUUAAUACUGCUUACUAUUUCUCAAAGUUGUAUCUAUUGGCACUUGUGUCUGUCUAUCAGGAAAUACAGUGAAGAAAAUAGGUAUUUGAACACCCUGCUAUAUUGAAGUUCUCCCACUUAGAAAUCAUGGAGGGGUCUGAAAUCUUCAUCGUAGGUGCAUGUCCAUUGUGAGAAAUCAUUUGCACUUAUUAGCAGCUGUAGCACACAAAUAAUUGAAAAAAAAUCAUACCAUGUGAUUUCUGGAUUUUUCUUUUUAGAUUAUCUCUCGCACAGUGGACAUGCACCUACGUUGAAAAUGUAAGACCUUCCAUGAUUUCUAAGUGGAAGAAUUUGCAAUAUAGCAGGGUGUUCAAACACUUAUUUUCUACACUGUAAGGUUCACACAAAAACUGCUGAAGACAAAUAUUACUGAUUCAGUAAAUAUACAAGCAGCCAUUUCGCUUCGCAUACAGACCAUAUGUCAACAUAUUCCAGCCAGUACCAGUACCUCAUUUAAUGUGCAUUCAUACUUUUUUGUGUCAGUUUUGUAUAUAUGCGCCCUUCCCAAUCAAUCUGAAUGUAUCUAUCUGGUGGCAGACGAUCACUAUAAAGGUCAAAGUUAGUUUCAGACCUAAACGUUAUAUCAUACACAAAAGGAGUAUGAGGCCAUACUGACAUGGGGUAAAGAAAAAAAAGAUAAAAUCUUAAUCAUUGGAAUUACAGUGAAGAAUAUAAGUAUUUGAACACCCUGCUAUAUUGCAAGUUCCCCCACUUAGAAAUCAUGGAGAGGUCUGAAAUUUUCAUCAUAGGUGCAUGUCCACUGUGAAAGAGAUAAUCUAAAAAGAAUCCAGAAAUCACAAUGUAAGGUUUUUUUUAACGAUUUAUUUGUGUAAUACAGCUGCAAAUAAGUAUUUCGAUCCCUGUCUAUGAGCUAGAAUACUGACCCUCAAAGACCUGUUAGUCCGCCUUUAAAAGUCCACCUACACUCCACGUAUUAUCCUGAAUCAGAUGUGCCUGUGUGACGUUGUUAGCUCCAGAAAGACGACCAAAGAGCUGUCCGAAGACACCAGAGACAAAAUUGUACAAAUACACACGGCUGGAAAGGGCUACAGAGAAAUUGCCAAACAGCUUUGUGAAAAAAAGUCCACUGUUGGAGGAAUCAUUAGAAAAUAGAAGAAGCUAAACAGGAUGGUCAAUCUCAAUCGGAGUGGAGCCCCAUGCAAGAUAUCACCUGGUGGGGUCUCAAUGAUCCUUAGAAAGGUGAGGAAUCAGGCAAGGACUACACAACAGGACUUGGUCAAUGAAGUGAAAAGAGCUCGGACCACCGUUUCCAAGAUGACAAUUGGUAAUACACUAAGACGUCAUGGUUUGAAAUCAUGCAUGGCACGGAAGGUUCCCCUGCUUAAACCAGCAUAUUACAACCUGUCUUAAGUUUGCCAAUGUCCAUUUGGAUGAUACAGAGAAGUCAUGGGAGUAACUUUUGUGGGCAGACGAGACCAAAAUGGAACUUUUUAGUCAUAAUUCCACCAACCGUGUUUGGAGGAAGUCGAAUGGUGAGUUCCAUCCCAAGGACACCAUCCCUACUGUGAAGCAUGGGGGUGGGAGCAUCAUGCUUUGUGGGUGUUUUUUUGCACAUGUGACAGCACUGUAUUAAGGAGAGGAUGACCGCGGCCAUGUAUUGUGAAAUUUUGGGGAACAACUUCUUUCCCUCAGUCAGAGCAUUGAAGAUGGGUCGUGGCUCGGUCUUUCAACAUGACAAUGACCCGAAGCACAGCCAGGAAAACCAAAGAGUGGCUCCGUAAGAAGCGUAUCAAGGUUCUGGCGUGGCCUCGCUAGUCUCAAGACCUAAACCCAAUAGAAAAUCUUUGGAGGGAGCUGAAACGCUGUGUUUCUCAACGACAGCCCAGUAACCUGUCUGAUCUAGAGAAGAUCUGUGUGGAGGAGUGGGCCAAAAUCCCUCUGCAGUGAUGGAUGUUGUGAGGGAAGAUGAGACAAAAAUUUAACUUUUUAAGAAGCAUAUCAAGGUUCUGGCGUGCCCUAGCCAGUCUCCAAAUCUAAAUCCAAUAGAAAAUCUUUGAAGGGAGCUGUUUCUCAGCGAUAGCCCAGAAACCUGUCUGAUCUAGAGAUCUGUGUGGAGGAUUGGGCCAAAAUCCCUCCUGCAGUGUGUGCAAACCUGGUGAACAACUACAGGAAACGUUUGACCUUUGUAAUUGCAAACAAAGGCUACUAUACCAAAUAUUAGCAUUGGUUUUUCUUAGGUGUUCAAAUAUUUAUUUGCAGCUGUAUCACACAAAUAAAUCGUUACAAAAUCAUACACCGUGAUUUCUGGAUUUUUCUUUUCUUUUUUUGAUCUCUCUCUCACAGUGGACAUGCAUCUAUGAUGAAAAUUUCAGACCCUUCCAUGAUUUCUAAGUGGGAGAACUUGCGAUAUAAAAGGGUGUACAAAUACUUAUUUUCCUCACUGUAAGUUGCAAAAACCCAGAUAUAAAAUUCUAAUAUUACAAGAACGACUGCUGGUCUCGGAUAUUUGCUUGUUUGUGUGGGAAUACCUAAAUUCAGGAGUUAAAAUUAUGAGUCUCAUCUCCAAAAAUCAAAUUUUAUUCUUUUAAGAUGAACACUUUUACCUGAAAUAUUUCUCCAAUAUUUUCUCAACAUUGCAAAUUACUUCUAGCAACAUUUUACCAGGAAUAAGUUGAAUGAUAUUUUUUUUUUUUUUAAAUUCACACCUGCAUUGUCUUGUAAUCUUACUUUUGUCCCCCUUGAACUCCUUCAGCCUACCCACGUAAUACAGUGAGUGAUGCCUUGACUUAAUGAGUUUAACUCAUUGUGUGACCACGCUCAUAACUUAAAUCAAUCGGAUCAUUUCGUUUCAGAUCAUUGGAAUGAAAAUGAAUGAAACACCAUUAAUCUGUUCCAAGGCCUAAAAAAUAACAUUGUUACGACGUUUUUAAAUGUAGAAAAAUAAUGUAUUGUAAAAAAAAAAAAAAAAAAAGGGUUUGUCUGUGUGUAAAGUGUCUUUAAGUUAUAAGUGACCUGGAGAGUGGCAUUUUGGUUUUGGUUUUGGUUUGGUUGCUGAUAGAACUCCCCACUGCAAAACCAUUAAUGUCCUUCUAGACAAAUACAGUAGAUGUUUUUUAAACUGUGAAUUUAAAAUGUUGUGGUUUUCUUAGACAUCUUUUUCCAUCCUUUGAACACAACCAUUUGGGGUUAAGAAGCAACUCUUCCUCGCCAAAAGCUAAUGUCAUAUUAUUAUGGAGCCAAAUCAUUUUAACAGUCGGGUAACCCUUGGCUAUUGAUGACAAAUGGCAAAAAAUAAAUGAACAGAUGACUUAAAUUUGGAGCUUAAUCAUUUGUAGAACAUAAGGGGAAGUGAGGGGGACAGCCAAAGAUGAGAUCAUUUCCGUAUAAAAGCUUGAAUGAACAUUCAAAUGUUUUCAAUUCAUCUCCAUGAGUGUAUGGAGGUAAACAAAACCAAGUUAGAGAGUUCAAGUGGUAGAGACCAACACGGUGAACCCUUUCUGUUUAUUUUCACGCAGUGUUGCUGCAAUGGCAGGGUGAACAUCAACAACCAAACGAGGCUUCUUAUUCUUGUCUACAAAUCUGCUGUCCACACAACACACAGCUGACAUUAUUUUCAAUUCCGCUGGACAGCAUUGCUUGUCCCCUAGAUUUAAUAGCUGCAGGGUAAAAAUCCAAGAAAAUAUAUACAUUUGUCCGCAAGGUUUAAAAAUAAAAAAUUCACAGCCUUAGAAAUGUGUAGGCUAAUACAAUUUCUAUACAGUGGUACAUUUCGGGUUGUGUGUAUAAUAGCUUCUCUAUUUCACAUAUUUACAUAACUGUACUUUUGAGGUGAGAGGAAAAUGCAUGCCUUUGGACAAGAACAGGAUAGAAAAUCUAAAAAAUUUAUUAAAUAUCCUAAAAACUAUUUUUUUCUGGAUACGGUGUACAAGUAUGAAGAGGUCCUGGGCAGAACUCAGAAUCUUAUUAACAUUUGUGGGGGGAAAAAAAGUUAAUAUGCUACUUGUUUCCUGUUUAUGAUCUUUAAAAAUGACCUAUGAAUAGAGUGUUAUUUAAUAGUAAAUGGUGAUAUAAAUCAAGAACACUUAUUACAACCUUGACAGUAUGCUAUUGCUGAUUUUACUCAUUUCUAGCGUGGUGCAUUUUCUUUUUGAUAACAAGACUGCAUUUAUCCAUUCAUUCCUUAGAUAAAAGAAAUGUUUCCGAGGUAAGACUGGAUCUUCCCUGCUGUAAGCGACAAUGUUUUUUUUUUUUUCAUCAGCCUCCUUUAUUUCUAAGCUUACACUUACCCUAUCUGCAAUUCUUUUGUGGGCCUCCCUUGUACAUGACCAUCAUUCUUGGAUAAAAUGAUCUUGUUGCUAUAUUAGCAAACUAUGUCAUGGACUAAGGAAAGAAAGAAUGGCAAAUGAGUAUUAAAUUGUAAUUGCAGAAGGGAGUAACAUCCCAUUUCAAAACUGUGCUAAGUACUAAAAAAUUGGUCUACCUUCCACACCUUUAAGUAGCUCCAUGAAAUGGAUUCGUUUUUUAAGUUUCAAAGUAGUCUCAAUUCAUUUGAUAAUUAGAAAAUCUGCUACAUCUUUUUUUCUUUCGAGACUAGUUAAGAUAAACAUUUCGGUUCACUGGCCAUUGUUUUUUUUUUUCAAUAUAACUCAUUCCAUUAUUCAAGCAUAUUAAAAAACAGACAGAUGGCAAAUAAAUCAACUGAUAAACAGUGAAUUAUGGGAUACUGAUUUACCAUUAUAGAAACACACAGUGAAUCAAGAAGGUUGAAGGAAUGCAGAAAUUUUUCUUGAGUUCCGUUUCUUUGCUCACUUUGAUCUAGAAAUGUGCUCACUUCGAGUGAGUUUGGGAUUAGGACGAUCAAUUAGGAGGCACACAAAUGGAAAACAUCAAAUCUGACCAACAUUUUUAUGUAAAUACAUUAUUGGCCAACUUUGGACUUUAAACUUCUUAUAAACGGGUUAGGUUUGAGACAUAAACAUACAGUGAAGAAAAUAAGUAAUUGAUCACCCUGCUAUAUUGCAAGUUCUCCCACUUACAAGUCAUGGAGGGGUCUGAAAUGUUCAUCGUAGGUGCAUGUCCACUGUGAGAGAUAUAAUCUUUAACAUAAUUAAUUUGUGUGAUGCAGCUGCAAAUAAAUAUUUGAACACCAACAAUUCUUCUUCUUCUUUUCCUUUCGGCUUGUCCUGUUAGGGGUCACCACAGCGCGUCAUCUUUUUUCAUCUGACCCUAUCUCGUGCAUCUUCCUCUCGAACACUCACUGUCCUCAUGUCUUCCCUCACAACUUCCAUCACUGCAGGAGGGAUUUUGGCCCACUCCUCCACACAGAUCUUCUCUAGAUCAGACAGGUUACUGGGCUAUCGUUGAGAAACACGGCGUUUCAGCUCCCUCCAAAGAUUUUCUAUUGGGUGGAGGUCUGGAGACUGGCUAGGCCAUGCCAGAACCUUGAUAUGCUUCUUAUGGAGCCACUCCUUGGUUUUCCUGGCUCUGUGCUUUGGGUAAUUGUCAAGUUGAAAGACCCAACCACGACCCAUCUUCAAUGCUCUUAUUGAGGGAAUGGGGCUGUUCCCCAAAAUCUCCCAAUACUUGGCCGCGGUCAUCCUCUCCUUAAUACAGUGCAGUCGUCCUGUCCCAUGUGCAGAAAAACACCCCCAAGGCAUGAUGCUCCCACCCCCAUGCUUCACAGUAGGGAUGGUGUCCUUGGGAUGGAACUCAUCAUUCAUCUUCUUCCAAAACACGGUUGGUGGAAUUAUGACCAAAAAUUUUGGUCUCGUCUGACCACACACAGUAACUUUCUCCCAUAACUCAUCUGUAUCAUCCAAAUGGUCAUUAGCAAACUUAAGACCGGCCUUGACAUGUGCUGGUUUAAGCAGGGGAACAGUCAGCUUGGAAACAGUGGUCCCAGCUCUUUUCAGGUCAUUGACCAAGUCCUGUCGUGUAGUCCUGGGCUGAUUUCUCACCUCUCUAAGGAUCUUUUUCUGAUGAUUGAUCAUUUUCUAAUAUUUGCUCCAACGUUGGAUUUUUUUUCACCAAGCUGCUUGGCAAUUUCUCCGUAGCCCUUUCUAGCCCUGUGAAGUUGUACAAUUUUGUCUCUGGUGUCUUUGGACAGCUCUUUGGUCUUGGCCAUGUUACAAUUUUGAGUCUUACUGGUUGCACGGGGUGGACAGGUCUUUAUGCAGCUAACAACCCCACACAGGUGCAUUUGAUUCAGGAUAAUACAUGGAGUGGAGGUGGACUUUUAAAGCCGGACUAACAGGUCUUUGAGGGUCAGAAUUCUAGCUGAUAGACAGGUGUUCAAAUACUUAUUUGCAGCUGUAUCACACAAAUAAAUUGUGAAAAAAACCAUACAUUGUUAUGUCUGGAAUUUUCUUUUUAGAUUAUCUCUCUCACAGUGGACAUGC